AUGGUAAAGGCCGAGGAAACCCCCGCUCCCGAGAUCACCGAGGAAGCAAUCAAGAAGCUCUUCAACAUUGGCUACCGUAACUUUAUCGCCGGCGAUUACCCAGAGGCCGCCGAUGCCCUCCAAGAAGUCUGCCGCUUCAACUCCGAAAAAUACGGAGAGAAGGAUGAUAAGUGCGCGGAUGCGCUGCUUCUCUACGGCCGAACGUUGCUGGAGCUUGGCCGCGCCGAGAACUGCGUUCUAGGCAACGCCCUCAAGGGAUGGCGCGAGAUCGAGUACGACUCGCAAGACAAUAUCGACAGCGAGCAGUUCGAAAACCCCGAAAAGGUCUCCCCAGAUGAGCGUGAAAAGCUUAGAAAUGACGUCAACGAGGCUAUGGCCGAGGCUGACACCAUCGAAGAAGAAGAGUCCAAGGACGCCAAGGAUGAGGAGAAGUCCGAGGAUAAAAAGAUGGAGACUGAGGAGACCAAGGCCGAGGAAACUAAGCCGGAGGAAAAAAAGGAGGAGGCGAAACCUGAGGAGUCGAAGGAGGAGCCCAUGUCCACCGAUAAGAUGGACACUGAAACUACCGAGGCCAAGCCCGCGGAAGAAAAACCAAAGGAGCCUGCGUCUGAGGAACAGGAUUCGCUCGCCGAGGACCCAGACUCAAUGCCCUCCCUCCAGCUCGCUUGGGAAAUCAUCGAGCUCGCCCGCGUUAUCUUCAACAAGCGGCCUGAGUCGAUGGAGCGCGACAUCAAAAUCAGCGAGUGCUACUUGCGCCUUGGCGAGGUCAGCCUCGAAAUCGAAAACUACGCCAACGCCGUUGGCGACUUCCUCGAGUGUCAGGCGCUCCAGAAGAAGCAUUUCGACAAGAUCGACCGCCGAAUCGCCGAAACCCACUACCACCUCGGCGUCGCUUACGGCUACCAAAAGCGACACGACUCCGCCAAAGAGCACUUUGGCGAGGCGCGCAAGAUCAUCGACGAACGAAUCGACUCGUUGACACUCAAGUUCGACGAGCUCACCGAGAAGGAUGGUCCGAUGAGCGAGCAAAAUGAGUUGACCAACGAGAUUGCUCAACUCAAAGAUCUCCUUCCGGACCUCAACUCCAAACUUGAGGACAUCGAGGCCACACUCAAGUCCGAACCCGUCUCUGACAAGGUCUCUGAGCACCUUAACAAGGACAACAAGGUUUUAACCGACUCGAACAAGACCAAUGAGUCCUCCAACAUCCAGCACCUCGUCAAGCGCAAAGCUGAGGAGAUGGAAAAGCUAGAGGCCGUCGAGAAGAAAGCCAAAAGCCAACAUCAAGAAAAGAGAUUUCCCGAAGAUUUACGUUUCGUGCUAACGCGGUGGGCCAAAAUGAGCAAGCUCAGACUUCAGUUGAUAAGUUGCGGAUUAUUGUCUAAAGGAGUCUACGCAUGGGUCGAAUCCUACGAUGGAGGAGAAGACGACGAGAAAGUUAUCAAGAUCAUGUUGCCCAUGAUUGCUAUCGCCGUUUUGGCCUGCGUGGUCGGAUAUUAUAUCAAGAACAAGUUCUGUAAGGUCGACGAAGACGAAGAGAACAAGAAAGAGAAAGAUUUACAGCGGGAUCUCGAAAAGAUGCGUUUCCCACCGCCAAAGGCGAACAAACCGUGGCUAAACAUGCCUCCAACUAACAAUGCUCCGCGAGUGCCACCAGGAGGAUAUGAAUACACACUACCUGGAUAUCCAUCUUACGGCGACAAAAGGACAAAUUCAAGAGAAUCCGGAAAGAAUUCAAAUGGAUCUAGUGGAUACCAGAGUCACAUGACAGUCAACAACUACCAUGAGAAAAAACGAAGCCGACCAGAGAAAGAAAGGCGCCAAAAGCGCUCUCGCAAUUCCGACGAGAAAAAGGCUCCUAGAGAGGAGGCUAGACACGGAAGACAUGGAGGAAGACAAAUGCAAGAAACUAACCGCACUAGGACGGUUCCAAAUCCACAGAUGCAAAACCCUACGAGCCGCCCCUCACGAAAACAAAGACCCUGA